AUGGCUCCCCGGAAAUGGACUUCUCCUGAACAGGAUGAAUGGUUAGCUCCUUGGUACGACAAGUACCGCGCAAAGCAAACUGAAAAAAAUAAAAACUGGCCGAACUUUUUCGCCGACUUGAACGAGACGUGGUUCAUUGCAUACCCAGAGCAAAGGCCGGCUAGUUUACCCCCUGUUGGACCAUUGACCCAAGAUGAGAUGCUUGUGAUGCAUAAGGCUUGUGAUGAGCGAAAAGAGAAAUUAAGAAACCGCUUCAAAAAUAGUCUUGGUACAACGAAAGCAGGACGGCAAGCAAAGGCCGAUGCUACAGAUGUCUUCAAAGUCGUAUUGCGGAGUGUCGCCGAAUCCGAGAAGCCAACACGUUCCCUUCAGGAAGUGGAGGCAUAUUCCAAGCUCUAUUACCAUACGCGUAUCAAGGCAACAGCUGACGAAGUACUGAAAGCUGAAGCAGAAUUACUGCAAGCAGAAAACAAGACACUUACGAAUGGAAAGCGUAUCGCCAUCGUGAAGCAGCACACAGCAAGCCUCUAUAGCGGAGAGACUGAUGAGGUUAAGGCGGAGGUACAGAGAUACAUCGAGAAUCAGAAGACUCGGACGCAGAAGGACAAUGAGGCGGGAACGUGGAGCGAAGAUGAUUAUGCAAGAAAUAUAGAAAAACUUGCCGCUAUUGCUAACAAGUUCCUCAAGGGGCUAGCGGAAGCCACUGGGUUCACAUUCUCCCUCCUGGCGGGUGGCCCUUCUCCAGAGUCCAGCGGCUCAAUUGACGUCUAUAGGCAUUUCGGAAAUGACUUCAGCAAGGCAUACCCUGAGUUUGAAACAGGUAUCAUGUCUCCAUUCAGAGACCAUCUGUAUCGAGUAUAUCCCGAUCUGGUGGAUUCAAGGGCACACCUAGGGAGUCCCGCGUCAUUGAACGAGGGUCCCACAUCGUUGAACGAGCUUGAGGGUCCCGCAUCGUUGAACGAGAGUCCUGUGUUGUUGUGGAAUGAGAUUGAGAUAGGAAGGGGUCUGGAGGAUGUGUCCCAACGACGAUCGGAUAUAUCAUCUGAUGGCAAUCACUCGGCAUUAAGCGGAAUGAAGGAUGCUGACAAAUCAGGUCAGACUUUUUCCAAUACGUCCGGCAGUACUACUAGUGGUCCAGACACCAACCUGCCGUUUGAUUCAGCUCAACAGAGCUCACUUGAUUUUUCUGAAAACUUGACUGGCGAUUGGAAUCUCGACGACACUUUUUGGACCGAUCUUGCUGCCAAGGUCGCAGCAUUUGAGGUGUCAGGUGGUGACAAUCCGGCCUUGCCGCACUUGCCUCCUUACCCACAUGCAGAGUCUACAUCUUCCCCAACCCCACAAUCACCCGAUGUUCCAGCGCCGCUGCCGCAUAUCCCGCACACCAUAUGUCACACAUCCCCUGCUACCUCAUCCCAUAUGGUCCCUGCAUCUCCAGAGGUUCCAGUACAGGCUGCGCAGUUCCCACUCCCUGCAUCUCCAGAGGUUCCAGUACAGGCUGCGCAGUUCCCGCACCAUGAUUCUCAGCCAGCGAGUCCUAUGGAGCCACGAUUACAGCCCUCACCCCCUCCCAUUUCCACUUUACCUGGACUCCCUUCCAACACACCAGUCAUCGCCAAGACAACAACGCAACCCUUACCGCACCAGUCAAAUGCGCUGUCUACCAGUGGUGUUGAACCCUCCCCUGAUGGCAACGAACAUUGUCAUCGCCGUAGGACUGGUCGGGUGUCCAUUCCCUCCAAGCGCAAUGCUGCCGCUAAUAGCAUUGGCGAAAAUGCACUGACUGUUUCCGGGAAGCAUGCCACGGCACGGGAACCUAGUACGUCCAGUCGCAAACAGAAGUAA